AUGUCAGUCUCACACGCUGUCGGGUACCAAGAGUAUCUUGAGGCGCAAGACAUAUCUGGGUCCGACAAAGAGAUGACCCGGUUACGCUGGAAAAUCGACCUCAUCAUCUUACCCAUGUUCCUCAUCACGCAGGCACUCCAGUUCAUGGACAAGACCUCUCUCAAUUACGCGAAUCUAUUCGGCUACCAGAAAGCGCUCGGGCUCAAAGGAACCCAGUUCAACUACCUCUCCGCGAUGGUGUACGCCGGUUACUUCUUCGGGCAAUAUCCCUGCGGAUGGCUGAUCGGAAGAUUCCCAGCGCAGAAGGUAUUGGCUAUCAGUAUCCUGCUAUGGGGCUUCACGGUCCUCAUCAUGACACAAGCUAGGACGUACGGUAGCGCUUUGGCUGUGCGGUUCUUCAUGGGGAUGUUCGAAGCUGCUGUCACACCGGGCCUGACGCUGAUGACGGGAUUCUGGUACACGAGGCGGGAGAUCCCGCUUCGGCAGUGCAUCUGGUACUCGUCCCUUGGCUGGGGCGGCAUUAUCGGAUCAUACAUUUCUAUGGGAAUCUCCACGCUCCCAGAGGACUUCUCGCCCGAGAGAUGGGAACUGAUCUUUUACAUCCUCGGGGGUGUGACUUGCCUCUGGGCAGUCAUCAUCUGGUUCUUCAUGGCCGAUGCUCCCUCGAACGCUCGUUUUCUCAACCACCGCGAGCGCCUGCUCGCCGUGAAGCGGGUAGCCGGCAACCAGGUUGGCAUCAAGAACACACGCUUCGACAAGAAGCAGGUAUACGCUGGUUUCUUGGACCCGAAGACGAUACUCUUAUUCAUCAGUGUAUUCGCCGCUGCGAUUCCAAAUGGUGUAGUGAACUCGUUCUCUACUAUCAUCAUCCGAGACAUGGGCUUCAGCACGACACGCACGACAGAGCUCAAAUCCGUAGGAGACGCUGUGCAGAUCGUCGCCCUCUUCAUCGGCGGCACCAUCAUCUUGAACGUACCGAACUCGCGCCUCCUCACCUCCACCGCCGCCAACAUCAUCUGCACCGUCGCCGCAGCCUGCAUGGCCUACCUCCCGCGCUCGAACACCUGGGGCCGGCUGGUCUCCUUCUGGCUCGUCAACGCCCAAUCCGUCGGCUUCACCGUCUCCCUGACCACCAUCUCCUCCAACAUGGCAGGCUACACGCACCGCUCACUCGCCUCCGCGCUCGUCUUCACGGCGUACUGCUGGGGCAACUUUGCAGGCCCGUUUGUCGUGGACCCGAAGCAGGCGCCGCGGUACGAAGGCGCGACGAUUGGGUUGCUGGUGGGGUAUAGUAUCAAGACCGGGUGUCAUCUUGGAUUGCUGCUGUAUAUGUGGCUGGUGAAUAAGAGGAGGGAUCGAAAGUAUGGGGCGCAGGAUAGGGAGAAGAGUGAGGAGGAGGGGAUGAGGGAUAAGACGGAGUUUGAGAAUAAGGAUUUCAGAUACGUUCUGUAG